AUUCACAACACAAUGUUUGUGAUGAAAAGUGCGGUGAAAUUAAGAGGAUUUCCAAGAUGUUUGAGCCAUUUUGUGCCGUUUCCCGCUAGUGUUUCGACUAAACUCUCUACAACAAGCUUACCACUAGGUCCGCCACUUGGAGUACGAUUUCUUGCCAGCCAAGAUGCUUCGCGGAAACGACCCAUGCUAAUGGAGUUUCCCCAAAUCGUUUGGCCUUCAAUUGUUAAAACGGUCCGCAAUUGGAUCAUGGUAUCUUUGAUCAUACGGCCGUACUUCGAUCACGACUUUCGUAUUCCCGACUUUGUGCUAGGGGCAAAGCAUGCUCUACAUGUGGUAUCAUCGGCACUGGCUGGCGGCGAAACCAAGCAGCUAGAAGGACUGGUUGAUCGUACGGCUUUGAACGACGUAAAACAAUCGCUUUCGAAAAUGUCGGUCGCGGAACGGUACGACAUUGCGGUGGACAAAGAGGAUGUGUACUUCUCCUUUCCCUAUCAAGUCGGCAUCAUGUUUGAUGAGUCGGAAGACGAUAGUCAGAAGCGUUUUGUUGAAAUCACGAUGGUGUUUCACGUUCUGCGAGGCUUGAAAGGCAUGAUAGAACGAGGCGAGCCCGUCCCGCUGAAUGUUGGGACGCUUCCGGAAUUUCGCGAUAAAAUCAGCAUAUGCAACUAUCGAUUUAUCAAGGAGUUCACUAAGGGCGUCGAGUCGGACUGGACCAUUAACGUCGUAAAUCAUUUUAAACCAAGUGACUACCUGGAUCAGUAGCGAACACCGUUGGUGUUGAUCGUGUCGCAACUGCCGUGGGGCCAAACCCGUAUGACCAUAAGACCUCGUUCGCUGUAAAGUAGCACCACAAUAAAGAAGACAAAAGCGCUAGAG